CAGCAGCCGCAUCGCCGCUCGCGCUACUACUCUGCAGGCUCGUCUGCCUUUCAACCUGACGCCCGUGUUGCGCCCGCGAGUUACCAUAGCUCUGAGAGCCGCUGCAGCGACAGCGCUGCAGCUCUCCUCUACUGCCAUCCCUGGAGGAGUGCUGCAAUGGCGCAGCGGUGCGCCGACGUCGACGAGUUCGUCGAGCGCGUCAAGGAGCUGUACGAACUGGACCCGGCGCGCGUGCGCUUCGUGAUGAAGUACCGGCACGCCGACGGCUCGCUCGCUUUGCGAGCGACGAACGACGAACUGUGGCUGUUGUACCGGACGACGCAGGCGUCGGACAUUCGGCGGCUCGAGGCGCUCCAGCUCUGGCUGAUGAGCGCCAUGGCCGGCAGCGACGUCGAAACGCUGACGCGCGAGGCCACCGAGGCCGACGCCGCCGCGGCGGAGCGACGAGAGGGCAAGCGCAAGGGGCGCAAGAAGAGGUGAGGUCGCGCGUUUAACUAAAUACAGUAAAUAAAUACAGCACACUUACUUCACACCACA